AUGUGUGUGCCGUGUCCCGGUCUGCACGAGGUGCCGGGGGUGCGUCUGCCGCUGCAGACGGCGAGCUACGCGUCGUCGCCGAGCCCGCCGCUGCACGGCCACGGGCACGGGCACGCCGUGCUCAUGUACUCGGCGUCCGGGCACGCGGGCGACGCCGUGACGCUGCAGCUGAGCGAGCUGGACGCGAGCUCGGGCGACAAGCUGGCCGGCGUGCUGGCGCGCCUCGCCGGCUCCGAGGACGCGACGCUCUCCAUCAGCCUGCAGGACGCCGCCGGCGAGCUGUCCGCGCUCGCCGACGGCGCCGCCAUCGACGUCCUGCUCGGCGCCUCCUCGCUGCACGCCGCCAACGCCGGUAACGGCGGCGCGACGGCGACGUUCGACCUGUUCGACUCGGAGAGCGCGCACGACCUGACGCUGUCGCCGCAGACGUUCACGAGCUCCACCGAGGCGUUCAUCAACGACAACUCGGACAGCCUGGGGGUGCCGGGGGACACCGACACAGUGGGCAGCUCCGAGGACGCCAAGGCGGCCACGCCCGACUCCAGCAAGCUGGCCGUGAAGAAGGCGCGCCCCAAGGCAUCGUCGCCCAACCGCCAGGGGCCGCAGCAGUGCCAGGUGUGCGGAAAGGUGUUUGGCAACGCGUCGGCGCUGGCCAAGCACAAGCUGACGCACAGCGACGAGCGGAAGUACGUCUGCGGCAUGUGCGGGAAGGCGUUUAAGCGCCAGGACCACCUGAACGGCCACAUGCUGACGCACCGGAACAAGAAGCCGUACGAGUGCAAGGCGGAGGGCUGCGGCAAGAGCUACUGCGACGCGCGCUCGCUGCGGCGGCACACGGAGAACCACCACACGUCGGGCAGCGGGGGCGGGGGCGCCAGCAGCUCGUCCUCCUCGUGCAUCCAGUACGCGCCGCCCCCCGCCACCACCUCCGCGUCGCCCGCCGCCGGCAGCACCUCCGCCCCCGCCAAGGGCGGCGGCAGCCAGCUGCAACAGCUGCUCGCCUCCGACCCGGCCUCCUCGUCCACUCCUCGGCCCACAACGCCCGCCACCAACUCGUCGUCUUCCGCCACGUCCUCCAAGAAGCAGCAGCAGCAGGCCAAGCAGGAGGCGGCGGCUGCCAAGACCCGCUCCUGGGCGGCGCAGGUAGGCCGCUGGCCGUGCAAGCGCGCGCCACCGCGCUCUCUCCCUCCCACCGACAGGUGCAGAGGACGAAGCCGAACCCCAAACCUGACCUGGCGCGACGGCAGUCCUAAGUCGAUUAUCUACCGGGCGAUUAAAAUGUCAGUAUAA